AUGUUCAUUCUUGCACUAGAGGCCGUAGCUCUCUACGGCUUCUCCUGGGUUCUUUGGAAAACCUUUCGACAUUUCUUCGCCAAAUCUGCGCUGGACAACAUACCCGGACCUCCCCCAAAGUCCAUCUGGAAAGGUGUUUUUUCACAAGUCUUCAACGUUGAUGGCUGGAACUUCCACAGGGAGAUGGCGGAAAAAUACGGCAGAGUCAUCAAGUUGACGGCCCUAUUUGGUGAAAGCCAACUAUAUGUCUUCGACCCCAAGGCCCUGCACCACAUCGUUGUCAAGGAUCAGUACAUCUACGAGGAGACUUCGAGUUUCAUUGAAGGAAACAGGUUGAUGUUUGGACAUGGACUUCUGGGAACUCUUGGUGAACAGCAUCGAAAGCAGAGAAAAAUGUUAAACCCUGUAUUUUCUAUUGCUCAUAUGCGCGAUAUGGUUCCUACAUUCUAUAACGUUACGUAUAAGCUUCGGGAUGCUUUUGUGAACAGGGUUCAAAACGGGCCGCGCGAGAUUGAAGUUCUAUCUUGGAUGACGAGAACUGCUCUUGAGCUCGUAGGCCAGAGUGGCUUUGGCUUUUCGUUUGAUCCUUUGACGGACGAUGGCGUCCCCCAUCCGUAUAGCGCAGCGGCUAAACGACUCGUACCGGUUUCCUUCAAAAUGCUCUUUCCUCGGACUUACCUGCUCGCCACACUUGUGAAGAUUGGCACGCCGAAUUUUAGACGGUUCCUCGUCGAUCUUAUCCCGUGGAAAGCUCUUCACGACCUUCGAGACAUUGUUGACGUUCUGCACGACACGUCGGUAGAAAUUAUUGAAUCCAAGAAGAAGGCUCUCGCAGAAGGUGACGAAUCUGUGGCCAACCAGAUUGGACAAGGCAAAGAUAUCCUCAGCAUCCUCUUGAAGGCAAACAUGACUGCUUCAGAAGCCGAUAAGUUAUCCGAAGCGGAAAUGUUAGGUCAGAUGUCGACUCUUACGUUCGCGGCUAUGGAUACAACAUCCUCGGCAUUGUCGCGCAUCCUCUGGCUUCUAGCGAACCACCAGGAUGUGCAAGAUAAACUAAGGGCUGAAGUUCGAGAAGCUGGAAAGCAAGGAGACCUGGCGUACGACGACCUGGUCAAUCUUCCUUAUCUUGAUGCCGUAUGCCGGGAAAAUCUCAGACUAUACCCGCCUGUCUCUGUUCUCGCAAGAACCACUCGGCAGGACGUCGUUUUGCCUCUUGGGACGCCUAUCAAAGGUGUAGAUGGCCGAGAAAUACACGAAAUCCCAAUUCCCAACAACACGAAUGUAAUCAUUAGCAUUUUGGCUUCGAACAGGAAUCCAGAGGUUUGGGGACCAGAUUCCUACGAUUGGAAGCCGGGAAGGUGGCUCCAACCGUUGCCUGACACUGUCAUUCAGGCGCAUAUUCCGGGAAUCUAUUCGCAUCUCAUGACUUUCCUCGGCGGUGGAAGAGCUUGCAUCGGCUUCAAGUUCUCUCAGUUGGAAAUGAAGGUUGUAUUGUCGAUCUUGGUUGCGUCUUUCAAAUUCUCUCCCUCAGAUAAAGAGGUACUGUGGAAGAUGAAUGGAAUUGCCACACCAACGACUGCAGACAAUGAGACGGUUCUUCCUCGACUCCCGCUGGUGGUCGAACGCGCUGCCUGA